GGUGCAAGCCCGAGGGCGGACACUGGCACCACAACCCACUAAGUGGGCCGUGGCGAUCAGUGGCGACCAGGCUCCAGCUGAGGCAACAGUUGGUUCAUCGCUCGCUCCUAUGAACAUCUGUGCAAAACGAAAAGCGGACAGUAGAUAGGAUUCCGAUUUCAUUUUCAGAUGCUGUGUCCUGUGGCAUCGCCGCACAUCAGGAUGAUCUGCUCACCGGCGAUGGCGAUUAGACUCCUGCUGGUGCUUGGACUCUCUUGCGCAGUUGACAGCAUUUGUGAUUAUUGGUCGAUUCAGUGUGCUACAGUAAUACAAUGCAUCUCACGCGAAAAUAUCUGUGAUGGUAUGAUUACCUGUAAAGACGGCUCAGAUGAAAGCAUUUGUUCUGGAAACAAGCUUAAAGUUUAUCCACCUACUACAACGACCACUACUACCACAGCCACUACAACUACUACGACGCCCGCCCCCACCCCUCCCCCACCCAACAACGUGGAGGAGAGCGAGGCGCUGGGUCAGAGGUUCGCUCGGACCUUCAACGACACACUCCACCACCCAAGAUGCCCCAAGUUGUACACCAGCGUCGGGAACAAGUGCCUCUCCCUUCUUUACUUCGUCAAGGUCGGCUGGGGGGAAGCAAGGGCCCUGUGCUCGGCCAUCGGCGGGGAGUUGGUUCUCUACCCUUCUGCCUCCGACGGGGAGUUCGCUGCUCUUCUGAAAUACCUGCGGGAGAUAGGGAUGACGACGGACUUCUGGGUGGGAGGCCGGUACACGAAGGACACCGAGGCGUGGACGUGGCUUGACGACGCCCCGAUGGACCUCGGCUCGCCCUACUGGGCCGUCAGACACACGGAUAGUUGCAGCAGCCGCCAGCAGGAGUCAGCGCAAGACGGCAAGCCUGAGGACGUCGCCUACUGGACCAACACUUCGGCCUGCUACCACUACGAGCAGGCGCCGCGGCGCGACUCCCACGAGCUCUGCGCCGCCGUCACCUUCCGCCACUACUUCUACAUUAGCGACGAGGACUGCCUCAGCGUCCCGGACCCUCUGUGUGAACAUGUUUCCCAGCACCGCUCAUGACCUCACGCUCGCUAGCAAUCCAUAAGCAUUGUAGUACUUCAAGAACCCUUUUUGACUUCUCAUAUUUUUAUCAUGAAUCAGUUAUGCUUUUAAUUUCGUGAAACGGCUACAUAAGAAUUUAUUAUAGUAUAGACUUAGUACAAGAUAACUUUUGAAGGAUUACAAUGAAGUUGGAUAUCAUGAAACUUUACUGUAUAUUUAGUCAUAAAAUAUUGAUACAAAUAUAAGCAAAGUACAUAAAUAAUUACUCACAAACAAUAAAUAUAUACAUACAUAUACAUGGUAUAUAUACUAUAUACACAUAUGCAUAUAUAUAUCCCGAGUGUAUACAUAUAUAUAUAUAUAUAUAUAUAUAUAUAUAUAUAUAUAUAUAUAUAUAUAUAUAUAUAUAUAAAGAGUAUAUAGAGAAUAUAUAGAGAUUAUACACACGCACGCAUAAAUUUCAAGAGUCUGUGGGAUUGUUAGAUAACGGCCGUAUUCGCUGGUUUAGAAGAAAUAUUUACGUAAUCAAAUAGGCCUCUAACAUGAGCACAUUAUCUUUUGCUUGGUGCAAUCUCGAAGUAUACCAUGUACUUUCUAAAAAAUGUAGAAACACGUCCACUAAGUUUCAUUUUAUUAGAAAAAAUAUGCUUGAUUAUAAUAGGGUAAUAUCCAAAACAUAUAGUUUCACUUAGUGUUUUGUGAAAUUUGUUUUAUAAACCAAAAGAAUGGAGAUCGCUUGGACAUGUCUCUUUAGCAUAUUUAUGCUCACUUGCUAUUUUACAAGCCUUCGUCGAGGCCACCUGUAUUUUAGAGGCCUUUUUUCCUUCUCUUCUGUUGAGCAACGGCAAGAUUGGUGAGUAUCCACCAUUGUCAGUGUUCACAUGCAGAUUAACAGCGUGCGGUCGUGUCCUUUGAAGUACACAAUGCAUGAGAAGAAUACAGUGUACACUGCAGAAAGUGCACGAUAAUUCUAUUCUUGUGUGACAGGCCCUUUGCAGUACCAAUCACUCUAAGGCGUCGAGCUUUUCAGUGCUUCCGCGUUACGAUAAAUAAACUGCCAUGAACGUUAAUUGAGCCAGAAUGUCGAUCAUUAAUAUCGAACGGCAGAAAAGUUACUGAGAUGGUUAUUAUAUCUAUGUUUAAAUAUACAACAUAUAUGCCAUCUGUAUAUAUGCAAGUUAAUAAACAGGUGAAUGUA